CAGCUGGAAACAUUUCACUCCCGCGAAGCGAGUCAGACGCACUGAGAUCAAAGGGGGGAAAGGUUUUAAAUACAACCAUGACUGACAUUGUACGCGCCAAACGUAUUCAGGGGAAAAACAAGCCCCCGAAGAUGCCUAAAAAAGCCUCCGUGUCCAAGUUAAUCUUGCAGGCUGUGGCGGCAACGAAGGAGCGUCGCGGGCUCUCGCUGGUCAGUGUAAAGAAGAUGCUGUCGGGCAACGGCUACGAUGUGGCAAAGAACAACUCUCGAAUCAACCAUGCGGUCAGGACCCUGGUGAACAAUGGUUCGUUAGUGAAUGUAUCGGGCAUGGGCGCCUCCGGCUCCUUCAAAGUUAACAAGGAGCAGAAAGACGAGGUACAACAGGUGGCGAGAAAAGAGCUUGUAUCUGGCGCCGCGGUCAGCAAACAACCGAGGGGCAAACGUGCGACCAAGAGACCCGCCCCCGCCAAGAAACCCAAAAAGAAAUGGGCGUAUCGGCGGACGAUGAAGGAUGGCGCGCGCGGGAAAAUGGCGAAAGACGGCAGAAAACUGAAUAAUGCCCCGGGAAGAAAAGCAGCCAGGAUAGGCGCGAAGGGAAAGCGCCAACGGGCAAAGCCAAAGAAGCCAACCAGACCGCCGAAAGCAAGAAAACCUUUGGCUGAGACAUCGGACUCCGUGAAAGAAAACCAAGCUGGUUCGGAGCAGCAAGAGAGCACCUGAGUGAAGGUGGGAUUUGAUACAUAGAGGGUUGUGUCUGCUUUGGAGGAGACUAGCGCACUCAGAUUUGAGUUUUAGCUUGCUCGAAGGAUGUGAAGACUAACAGAUUUUACCACAAUCUCAUGAUCACACGAGACACGGGACGCCACACUCUUAUAAGAAGACACUCUUAUAUGAUUUAUAUGCCAUGAAUGGAACAGCUAUUGAGAAUGGAAAGUUAUGAGUUAUUUCUUUGUUAUGUAUUAUUUUAGUAAAGACCAAUUAAUCAAG